UCAUGGGUUUCUCCACAAAGGAAGUUUUCCGCUGGUUGAAUGAGAGCCUUUCCCCGCCCUCCUCUCCUCGGGGCGUAUAAAGGCAGCUGUUUGCACAGCCUGCCAGCAGAAGCUCCCUCAGCGAGGACAACAGGGGACCAGCCAAGAGAGAGAGAAGCAACUCCAGACCCCCUGGAAGUAAUCUCUCAGACGACACAGCUCCCAGAGAAGCAGCCAGGCGAUUCUCUUCCUCUGAUACCAUUUCCCAGCUAGACGUGAGCCCCUCUGAAAAGAACACCAUGAGCACUGAAAGCAUGAUCCGGGACGUGGAGCUGGCUGAGAAGGUGCUCCCCAAGAAGGCAGGGGGUCACCAGGGCUCCAGACGGUGCUUGUGCCUCAGCCUCUUCUCCUUCUUCCUCGUGGCAGGAGCCACUACACUCUUCUGUCUGUUGCACUUCGGUGUGAUUGGCCCCCAGAGGGAAGAGCAGUUCCUAAUUGGCCCCUCACUGGCCCGGACCCUUGGAUUAUCUUCUCGAACCCCAAGUGACAAGCCUGUUGCCCAUGUUGUAGCAAAUCAGCAAACUGUGGGGCAGCUGCAGUGGAAGAAUCAGGUUGCCAAUGCUCUCCUGGCCAAUGGUGUGCAACUGAGAAACAACCAGCUGGUUGUGCCAUUGGAUGGGCUGUACCUCAUCUACUCCCAGGUCCUCUUCAAGGGCCAAGGCUGCCCUCCCACCCAUUUGCUCCUCACCCACACCAUCAGCCGCUAUUCCGCCUCCUACGCCCGAAAGGUCAACCUCCUCUCCGCCAUCAAGAGCCCUUGCCAAAGGGAGACCCCAGAAGGGACUGACGCCAAGCCCUGGUAUGAACCCAUCUACCUGGGAGGGGUCUUCCAGCUGGAGAAAGAUGAUCAACUCAGCGCCGAGGUCAACCUGCCUGACUAUCUCGAUUUUGCCGAAUUUGGGCAGGUCUACUUUGGGCUCAUUGCCCUGUGAGGGAGCAGGCUGUCCAUCCCAGUCCACCUUAAUCCCUUUAUCAACCUCUCCUUCAGACCUCUUCAUCCCUUCUGGUUUAAAAAGGGAAUUAGCGGCUCAAGGCCGGUCCUGAGCUUAGAACUUCAAACACUUAGAAACCUAGGAUGCACGAAUGCGCUGCCUGGACAGCGGGGCACUGGCCACCACCAAGCGCUCAAACUAGGGCUUCCAGAAUGCACUGGGGGCCUCAGGUUUGGGUCUCUGAAUGCAACCUAGGUCACCUGGAAUGUGGAGGCCAGAACACUUCGGAACAUCCCUUGAGAUCUUACCUACAAAUUGAUAUAAGUGGACCUCAGGCCUCCAUGGCUUCAAAUGUUUCCAGACGCUUCCCUGAGAUGGAGAGCCCAGCCCCUCCCCCAUGGGGCCAGCUCCCUCUAUUUAUGUUUGCACUUGUGAUUAUUUAUUUAUUAUUUAUUAUUUAUUUAUUUACUGAUGAAAGUUAUUUAUUCAGGAUGUUGGGUGUCCUGGGAGACCCAACACAGGGGCCGCCUUGGCUCAGACAUAUUUUCUGUGAAAAUGGAGCUGAACUUUAGGCUAUCACCACCUAGCCUCUCGGCCUCUGUGCCUCCUUUUGC